AUGGGCUGGGGGACGCGGGCCCAGUGCUCGGUCAGUUUUUACAAAGUCAGCCUCUCAGCCUUUGCUGUUCCAAACUCACUCACGGUGUGGCUGAAGUUUUUCACUGUUGCUGCUGUUUUCUUUCCACAGGUGGACAAACUGGAAGCCUCGGAGUCUCUGAGGAAACAGGAGGAGCAGGCCACCGAGUCCCAACCCAUUGUUUAUGGCACCGCCCAGCUGAUGCUCACAGCAGGGCCAAACGUCACCGUGCCGCCACAGCAGGUCUACGGUUACGGUUACACGGCACCUGGCUAUGCUCAGCCACAACAGCCCAGCUUUGGUUACGGCAUGUGAACGUGCCGCACAUGCACACACCUUCCUCUCACCUGUCCUCUCUGUGUUCCUCACCAGCUUCCUGUGGUCCUCUACUCACAGCGGGGGCCUCAGAGCAACAGCCCACUUUGAAGUUUGUGUUCUCUUCUAAUGCAAACAUGCACUGAAGGACUUUAUUAAUUUGUAUUGUUUGUAUUUGUAUUGGUGUAUUUGUUUUUCACAUUCCAUAUUUAUGACUACUUAUUUAGAGAAGUGGUAUAUUAUUAUUUUGUGUAUGUUUGUCUUUUUUAUUUUAUUGAUUUUUGUUUGUGCAGAAGUGGACUAGCUGACGCUCACUAACGAGCCUUUUGAAGUAGGUGGAGGAACAUCGGAUUGUUUCUUUUUUUGGCACUCAUGAAGAAAUUAAUGUAGAGAAGCUCUUACUUUUGAUGUACUGAACAUGUGACCAGCUUCCAUUGUCUCAUCUGUCUGUAAAAUGCAUUUUCAUCAUUGUAUAUUUUGAGGGGGGGAUGGGUUACUUAUAAUAUUUGAACAUAUAUUGCCAUUUGAAUGGCUAUAGCUAGCAACACUAAAUACUGAUAGAAUAUUCUGCACAGGCGUGUAGCUUUAUGGAGUUUUAAAUGCAUACAGACAUAAGUCGCUGCUCAACUGAGGGUGUGUUUGUGUGUGCGCGUGACUGUCGACUUUAGUUUUAUCCUGUCCCACCCUCUUAGAUGUACUCUUUCAUAGACUCCAUGUAUUUCGGUGACCACUCGUGCCGUGUACAGUGCUUGUGUGAGACUGUCUGUAUAUGUGCAAGGACGGGACUGUGUUGACCAAACACCCACAACCCCCAGACGUGUGUGUGUGUGUGUGUGUGUGUGUGUGUGUGUGUGUACUGACCCUCCUUGUCAGUGUGCAAGGUCUGUGUAUGCCAGGUGUUGUGGUGUUUCCCUUGGUUACUUUUUCCCCAUGUAGCAAUGUGAACAUGGUGAAAACUUUUUGAAGGAGACUCCUACUCUCCCAUCCCAUUUUCUCCCUCACGCCUGGCGGCGAGAACAAGGAAGACAGCCUGGUGAAACGGGCUGCCGAAAUAUAUAAAUGCUCCCAGAGGUUGCGUGUGUGUGUGUAUGGUUUUGAUGAACAAAAAUUAAGUCCUUUGUGGAGAAUGGUCUGAAAUAAGAGCCUGUGUGUGUACUUUGAUGUACUUCCAAACAUGCUUUCAGCUGUGUCUAAAAGUGUCAUUCUAACCCGACCAGACGUUGAAUUUCUUUUUGUUAUGCAUAUUAAUGACAAACAGGACCUGUCAUUAAGUGGAAGAACAUGGCUUAACUGAAAGGGAAAUACUAGUCUAAAUAAAAAAACUAAAAAUUGUA